GCGCCCACCGAUAUAAAUAAUCCUGGUAAAGUACAACAGGACAUCAUUCACAGCGCAAACGUCAAAGUGUCGUGACAUCCGCUCCGCUUCGUUCCGCUCAAGCAAACUGUGAACUUUGUGUCAAAUCUCGAAAUAGAAAUCGAAAUAUUUCUCGUGUCAGUUAUGGAAAACCAACGUAAACUGCAAAACAACUGCAAUAGCAGCAGCAACAAGAACAACACCAACAACAAUAGCCAGAACAAUGGAAACAAUCAUCGUCGUGGCUCGCGUCCCAGCGUGGGUUAUUUGCUGUUCCAGUAUCAGAGCGAGUUGACCCGUCGCCAUGCGGAACCCACGCGUUUGUCGCGCACCAAAAUCCACAUCAUCGAUGGCCUCGUUUCGCGCACCAUUCGCCAUCUGAAGCAUUGCAGCGUUGAGGAGCUGCAGGCCUGCAAACGUGAGCUCGUCUACAAGGAACAAUUGCGCGACGAGUUGCGUUCACAGAGAUCGCACCGGAAGCACUCGUCUUCAAGUGCUUCUGCCAGUUGCCGCUCUCGGUCCCCGAGCAGUUCCGCUGCCAGUCGCACUUCCGCCCAAGUUGCAACACCGCCGCCCAUCAAGCCACCGAGCACACCGCCAAAGCCACGUGCCACGCAGAAUCAACAGACAACCACCAAAGUAGUCAUCUUUGGACCAGAGAUCUUUGUCUAACCCACAGACAAGGCAACAAAUUGUACACCAAAAAAAAUAAUUUCAUAUCAAUUUCUAGUUUAUAAUAUAGGUUCUAGUUUUUGGUUAAGUAGUUUGACCUUAAUUGUUGACGAUUAAAAAUCAAAAAGAAUUUCAGAAAAGUUGUAAAUAAAACGCAAGUAAAAACCGACAAACCAUUUG